AUGACGAAGCCAAAGAUGUCGGCCUUAGUGGCCUCCGCUAUUCGCAAUCUGCGAGAAAUUCGCGGUUCCACGUCGAAGGAAAUCAUGAAUUACAUUAAGUCUCAAUACACCGGAUCGGAUGCCAACAUACAGAAGCAGAUAUACACUGCUUUGAAACGUGGCUUGGAGUACGGUAUUCUGAAGAGAGACCGUGGUUAUUAUAGCCUGAAUACGGAUCCUGACAUGAUGUACAAAGCGCAUACCGUGGCGCCCUUGGAGCAAGCUAGGAGAGGACGGAGAGGAAGGAGGAAGCACACGGAAGACACCUUGAGGAAUUCCCCGGUGGAGAAUCUCCGAAAGGACAUGACUUAUUUGUACAAGAAUACCGACAACCAGACUCCGUCCAGACAUCAGAGCCGUAGUCGGGAUCGAAGUCAGACGCGCAGCCGAUCGAGUAGCAGCGACAAGGAGAUGAUUGACGACCAAAAUCGCGAUCAACCGUGA